AUGAAUGGCACAGAAGGACCCAACUUUUAUGUGCCCAUGUCUAACAAGACCGGAGUGGUCCGCAGCCCAUUUGAGCACACUCAGUACUACCUGGCUGAGCCCUGGAAGUACUCUCUCCUGGCCGCGUACAUGCUGUUCCUCAUCAUCACCGCCUUCCCCAUCAACUUCCUCACCCUCUAUGUCACGGUGAAGAACAAGAAGCUGAGGAACCCUCUGAACUUUGUCCUGCUCAACCUGGCGGUGGCCGACCUCUUCAUGGUCAUCGGGGGCUUCACGGUCACGCUCUACACGGCCCUGCACGGAUACUUCAUCCUAGGGGUCACCGGCUGCAACAUUGAAGGUUUCUUCGCCACAUUGGGAGGAGAGAUUGCUCUCUGGUCUCUGGUGGUUUUGGCUAUAGAGCGCUACGUUGUGGUCUGUAAGCCAAUGAGCAACUUCCGCUUCGGGGAGAAACAUGCCAUCGCUGGACUGGUGUUCACGUGGAUCAUGGCCAUGACGUGUGCUACCCCCCCUCUGCUCGGAUGGUCCCGGUACAUCCCAGAGGGAAUGCAGUGUUCCUGUGGGAUUGACUACUACACUCCCAAGCCUGAGAUCCACAACACCUCAUUCGUCAUCUAUAUGUUUGUCCUCCAUUUCUCAAUCCCCCUCUUCAUCAUUUUCUUCUGCUACGGUCGCCUUCUCUGCACCAUCCGAGCGGCCGCAGCCCUGCAGCAGGAGUCUGAAACCACCCAGAGAGCGGAGAAGGAGGUGACACGUAUGGUCAUCGUCAUGGUGAUGUCCUUCCUGGUGUGCUGGGUGCCCUAUGCCACCGUGGCCUGGUACAUCUUUGACAAUCAGGGAACAGAGUUCGGGCCGGUGUUCAUGACGAUUCCGGCCUUCUUCGCCAAGAGUUCUGCUCUGUACAACCCAGUCAUCUACAUUCUGCUCAACAGACAGUUCAGAAACUGCAUGAUCACCACGGUAUGCUGUGGAAAAAAUAUUUUCGGAGAUGAUGAGGGUGCCACCGCUUCCACCUCCAAAACUCAGACUUCAUCCGCCAGCCAGGUGGCCCCGCUUGACCGGGACCCUCUUCUCCCCCCUUCAAUGUCCCAUCUGUCCUUGCACACCUAG